AAGAGACAGCCAGAGAAACAGAGAAAGAGAGACCAGAGACCAAGAGAGAGACAGAGCUAGUGACUGGGAUAGAAACAGGGACAGAGAGAGAACAUGGGACAGAGAGGACCGGAGGGGCAGGACACAAAGCUUUCCAAACAGUAACGCUAAUCCUCUUCAGACUAACACCAUGGAGGCUCCAGAGGGUCAGGGGAGACUGCAGAGAGGACUACCCUCACCUGGACGACCCCACGCCAGUUACCAACGAUCUAGCACCACCCUCAGGUCUCCACGCCAAGCCUCCGGCUCCAUCUCUCCCACCCUACUCCGCCCAUCCAUCCGAAUCAGAACCUCCACUCUGUCACCAAGGAGACUGUCGCAAAGGAUGGACAUCCCGGAAACGCAAUGUGGCAUGUACACGGUUAGAGAGCCAGGUGCAUUCUGGGUAGAGCCAGGUAUUGGGAUUGGCCGAUUGUCCCCGAGAAGAAGGACUCGGACACGCCUCUUCUCCCACAGCAGCUUAGAGCUGGAAGAGGAAGAGGAGGAGGAGGAAGAGGGAGAAGAAGAGGAAGAGGAAGAGGAGGAGGGAGGAGAGGCAGGGGGUAGUGGUGUGAUAGGGGUGGUGACUCAGACGCUGACUCCGGCUGGGCCCUUGUGCCCUGCUCCAGCAGCGAUGGAUAGGAGGAUGACUAAAAGAGAGAGGAACAGGAUGAAGAGUCUGAGGAAGAGGCAGAGGAGGAGAGAGAGAUGGAGACAGAGCCAGCUGCUGGAGAAUAGACAGAGUUCGACAGGGAACCCAUCGAGCAGCAGUGAGGAGGAGGAUGUGAGUGCCGGGGACAGAGAGGGCUUCAUCUGUGCUGUGUGUCUGGAUGUUUACUUCAGCCCCUACAUGUGCCACCCCUGUAACCACACCUUCUGUGAGCCCUGCCUCCGUACCCUGGCUAAGAACAGUCCAACCAACACCCCUUGCCCACUCUGCAGGACCACCAUCACUCACGUCUUCUUCCAGACGGAGUUGAACCACACAGCACGGACGUUCUUCCCGAAGGAAUACCUCUCCCGGAAACAGACUUUCCAGAAGGCAAGCUGUGCAAAAUGGCCUCUCCCAAGCUGCAGGAAACUUUUCCGUAUUUUUGGAGGUUUCCAGAGGCAAGCUAGUCCAAUAGCCAGGCGUCAGUUUCCCCACGGGGGGUACCGUCUAGACGCCAUGGACUUUGAGGACAAUUCUCGCGGCUGGCGCUUUGACAUUGACAUGGUCAUUAUCUAUAUCUAUUCUGUCAACUGGGUCAUCGGCUUCAUCAUCUUCUGCUUUCUCUGCUACUUCUUUUUCCCUUCUUUCUAAAGUCGGAUGGAUGGAUGGAUGGAUGGUGGAUGGAUGGAUAGAUGGAUGGAUGGAUGGCUAGACGGGUGGAUGGAUGGCUGGAUGGAUGGAUGGAGGAGAGGAGGCAGAGUAAGCUACAGACAAAUUGGAGAUAUGCUUGGUAGAAUACAACCAACAGUGUUCCAGUUGAACCCUAUUGAAUUGAGGAAACAGGGUACCAUAUGGGAGGCAUUGGAGAAGUACAUGAUCUCUAAACAGUCAACCUAUAAUAUCACAAAGGCACUGUUUCAAGUCUAAUGGAAACACAAAACCAUAAAAAGGUACCUGGAUUGAUUAUAAGUCUUCAGUAUGUUUGGCAAUUUUGUGACCUUGGGACCUAUCUGACAUUUUGGUUAAAAAAAAAAUUAUUCACGUAGAGUUGCUCUUUAGGGGGUCCUUUACAUUUGAGGUAUGUCCGAUAAAAAACAUUUUAAAGUUAAUUUACGUUGAAGGAAAUAAAAAAUCUGAAAGUUCUGUCUGUGCAAACACCUUUUAACUUGGUACUAUAAGGUUAUAUCUGCAAUCCAGUCACACAAUGCUGGGUUGUCAAUCAAAAAUAAUUAUAUUUAAGACUGUACUUAUCGAGUCAUGAAAGAGGAAGAAAUCACAAAACAGUUCUGAGAUCUGGGACUUGAGAAAUACUAAUGAUCUCAAAAUGAUACAUUUUGUAGAUAGACCCUUAUAGUCCCAAGUCCUUGAUUAUUCAUAUAAUAGGUUCUGGUCCUCUUUUUAAAUUUCUUAGAUUUUGUUUCACCACUUUUUUCAGAAGAAUGGCCAUAACGUAAGCUCUUCAUGGCAAAAAAGACAUAAAUACAGGUGCCUUAGAGCAUGUUUAAGGCCCUUAGGAGAGGCAUUGCUGUUUUUGUCUUGUUCUAUAUCAAUACGAAAAUCUCCAUGGAAGGGGUAUUUCACAAAAAUCACAAACUUACCACGUUUUAUUGAUAACUAAAAAGUAUUUUAAUGACUUUGAGUGUCAGAGACCAGAAAACUAUAUCAGUUUACUCAUCCAGAGCUAAACUUAACAAUGUUGCUGGUUAUCCAUAGGAUAUAGUGUAUUUGUCAUUUUAGGGAACAAUCGCUUUAACAAAUGUGUGAUGAACAUGAAUUUAUAUUUUUUAUGAUAUCAUUAGAAAGAAGGAAGGGUAUUUUCUUUACUUAAUCCUUAAAUGUCUGUACUUUUCUAUUGAAACUUAAAUACUUUUAUUAUUCUGUGCCAUAUAGAAUCUUAUGGUUGAACCCAGAUUGACAUUUCAGAACCAUAAGGUUCUAUCUGCAAUUGCAACCUCCUACAUUUUAUUUUUUUUAUUUUUUACAAAUAUCUUAGGAUUUUGAUAGUCUGCACUUUAGGUACCUUUACAGUGAGGACCUUAAUGGGUUUUGAAAGAAGAAUUCACUACAAAACAUUUCUGAGAUCUUGGAUGUGAUAUCUCAGAACUAUGCUUUGCGCAGAUGCGUAGAACCUUAGUCCAAAGGUCCCAAGCAAGAUCUUAUAGCAAUUUGUAAGCCACCUUCACUCCUGCCAGAAGUAUAACUCUUCUCAAGCAUUUCGAAUGGUUUAUUUGACUGAUAUACACAGAAAACAGUUACAUACAGGUAAUAUUAUUUUAUUUUCAUUUCAUUUUUCGGCUUUGCCUCUACUGCUCAUUUAAAAAUAUGGGUUUCUCAGCAGUGCGUCUUUGAAGUGAAUUGCGGAUCCAAUUCAUUUUCUUCAGCUCUAAGUGCCUCUCAUGGUCAUUGUGUAAUUUCUGUUUCAUUCCGGCAUCAGAGCACUCCCUGUGUAUGUCGUCUUCGCAAUUCAAAGUAUUCACAGUACCAUUUCUUGAAAUCAGCAUUUGUGCCUAUUAGAGUAUUGGGUAACACGAGUAUUGUACAAUUGAUUUGUACAAUUCCUUACAGUAAUAAAGUCAGUAUACUGAACUACA